CUCCCCCUGUGGGCGGCUGGGUCCAGAAGGGGCAAGCCACCACCCAGAACAGACCAGCCAGCGGAGCAGCACCAGUGCACCCGGCGGGCAGGCGGGCGGGCGGCAACCGGGGAGGAGAUGGGCCUGGCCAUGGAGCACGGAGGGGCCUAUACUCGGGCAGGGCGCAGCUCUCGGGGCUGCUGGUAUUACCUGCGCUACUUCUUCCUCUUCGUCUCACUCAUCCAGUUCCUCAUCAUCCUGGGCCUGGUCCUCUUCAUGGUCUAUGGCAACGUGCACGAGAGCACCGAGUCCAACCUACAGGCCACCAAGCACCGGGCUGAGAGCCUGCACAACCAGCUCCAGGGGCUCUCGGGAAGCCACAUCAACCUGACCAAGGAGCUCAACCUCACCGCCCGCGCCAGGGAUAGCAUCAUGCAGAUGCUGCUGGUUGCCCGCCGAGACGUGGACCGGAUCAAUGCCAGCUUCCGCCAGUGCCUGGCCGACCGGAAUGUCUACAUGAACAACCAGAAGUACAUGGCCGCCAUUAUCCUGAGCGAGAAACAAUGCCAAGAACAGCUCAAGGAGACUAACAACAGCUGCAACGCCCUGCUCCUCGAGCUGAACCAGAAGACCAAGAUGCUAGAGGUGGAGCUGGCCAAGGAGAAGGCCGUGUGCGCCAAGGACAAGGAGGGUCUGGGGCUGAGCAAGCGGAUAGUGGAGGAGCAACUGGCCGAAUGCGGCAAGGCCCAGGAGCAGCAGCGGCAGGAGCGACAGCUGGCCGAGAGUCAUCUGCAGAAGGUGCAGUCCCUCUGCGUCCCACUGGACAAGGACAAGUUGGCGGUGGACCUGCGCAACCUCUGGAGGGACUCCAUCAUCCCGCGCACCCUCGACGCACUAAGCUACAGCCCAUACCAUACCAUCGGCUCCGACCUGGUCUCCAUCCGGACCAGAUGCGACCAGAUGCCUAACAUCAUGGGCACCAAGGUGGAGGAGCUGGCCCAGAGCCUGCGGUCUGGCAUCCAGCGUGUGGCCCAAGAGAACGCAGACCUCCAGCGCCAGAAGCUGGAGGUGGAGCAGGCCCUGCGGGCCAGUCAGGAAGCCAAGGAGAAGAUGGCGAAGGAGGCCCAGGCCAGGGAGGCCAAGCUACAGGCCGAGUGUGCCAGGCAGACCCAGCUAGCGCUGGAGGAGAAGGCAGCGCUGCGGAAGGAGCGAGACAACCAGGCCAAGGAGCUGGAGGAGAAGAAGCGGGAGGCCGAGCACCUCAAGAUACAGCUGUCGGUCAGCAACUCCGCGCUGGACACCUGCAUCAAGGCCAAGUCGCUGCCGAUGUCUAUGCCAAGACCUGUUGCUCCUGCCCCCAACCCCCAGCCUAUCGACCCAGCCAGCCUGGAGGAAUUCAAGAAGAGGGUCCUGGAGUCCCAGUGGCCCCCUGCAAGCAACGCCGUCGCAUCCAGUGGCUGAGAAGGCUCCGGGAAGAGGACCGAAGGCUGGUCCCGACUUGCCGGUCUGCAGACCUGUGGCAGCGAGACACCCACCGCGUGGGACACAGUCAGGCGACCUCCGUGCAAACACACCACAGUGGGCACCCUUGGCCCGCACCCUAUGCACAUCCCACCCAGGGCCCCUAAUACUCUCACAGGCCCACAACCGCACAACACAACCCUCCAACCACAGACAUGGUGAUGAUGUCGUACAGACACGGUGACCUUACCCAGACACUCCUGCCAAACCCUUCCCCGCGAUCACACCCCUCGACACACAGGCCAAGGCACCCACAGCACCCCUCACAGCGCUUCCCGUGCCCCUGCCACUCACCCGAUGCCUUAUCUCCCCCACGCUUCCUCACCGCAGGCCUUCAGGCCUGGGACGUGAGAACAGGAAGCAUCACCUCCAUCCGUGGGAGUUUCCGGGCCCUCCUCGCAUGCCAGGCAGCAUCUGGUCCGAGGGCAAACAUAGCCCACAGGCCUCCUCCUAGCUGGCAAGGGCACUGCUCUGUCACUCCCUCUCCCCCAGACCCGGCCCCGCCUGUGGUCCCUCUGCAAUGUUAGUGGCACCCAAUAAACCUUAGCAAUCCCUUCAAA